AUGAAAGGUGUCGAAUUUCACGACGUUUUUUGGCCGGUGGCCCAUCGGGUUGAGAAAUUGAAAAUAGUCGCCUGCGAAGCUUUACCUCAUGCAACUGCAUCUCUGGCAGCCGUCCUAGAAAAUCAUCACCGUAUAGUAAAUGUAAGUGCUCCAUUCCUCAAGGCGUGGCGUGCUCCCGCUCAUGCCACGCCCCUAUACGCAAGACUCUACACAUUGAAACCCCUUGGAAAAAAAAAACUUUCGUCGCGCUAUCUCUCACAUACAACGCAGCAUACAAGAUCGACACCAGGGGCUCGCUGUCCUCGAAGUUGUGGACGCAAACAUUCACAGGUCGCGAGACGUCGAAGCCAUUCCUAUGAUGACACAGUACAGGGUAAAACUGAGAAAGUUUAUAAGUUCGUUGUCUUUUCUAUGUAAGU